AUGAUGGUUAAGUGCGAUCCUCGUCAUGGUAAGUAUAUGGCCUGCUGUAUGAUGUACCGUGGUGACGUUGUCCCCAAGGACGUUAACGCCGCUGUGGCUACCAUCAAGACUAAGAGGACCAUCCAGUUCGUUGACUGGUCUCCUACUGGUUUCAAGUGUGGUAUCAACUACCAGCCUCCUACGGUCGUCCCAGGUGGUGAUCUCGCCAAGGUUAUGCGCGCUGUGUGCAUGAUCUCCAACUCCACUGCCGUUGCUGAGGUCUUCUCUCGCAUCGAUCACAAGUUCGAUCUGAUGUACGCGAAGCGUGCCUUCGUCCACUGGUAUGUCGGUGAAGGUAUGGAGGAGGGAGAGUUCUCUGAGGCUCGUGAGGAUCUUGCUGCCUUGGAGAAGGAUUAUGAAGAGGUUGGCAUCGAGACCGCUGAGGGUGAAGGAGAGGAGGAGGGCUACGGUGAUGAAUUCUAA